CAUCGUUUCACGCAUGCGUGUCGACUCGGGCGUCGGCGAACUGUACUGAUGCGUGUGGCGGGGGUGGGAGUUGUUGACUUUUGCACGGUUGUUGACUUUUGUACGCAUUGUGAACCAUUUGACCGAGCAAUUCAACUUCAGGAGUUACAUACACCGUUGUUUCCCAGAUCACGGUCAUGGUGAUCAAAUUUGUGAAGCUUCUCAUAGCUGGUGGAUUCGUUGCUGUUUUCAUCUUGUUUACGAUAGCGUCGAUCAGAACGCUGACACUGGACGGGAAUGUUGGCGGACUUCAACUCGCACACUGGGAAACGCCAAACCUAAUUUCGCUUGAUAUCGACCAGCCGAAGCGGGAGGAACUCCUCGCCCACUUUCAAGAGGCCGUGCGCAUCCCCACGGUGUCAUUUUCACCCACGGAGAGCAACACCACUGCGCUGCUUCAUUUCAACUCGUUUCUCCGGAGAGCCUUCCCGACCCUUUUUACCUCAAGCUUGGUACACCAUGAAGUGGUGGCCAACUACAGCCACCUGUUUUGGGUCCCAGGGUUGCAACCCCAACUGCUGCCAUACCUGCUUUUGGCUCAUAUCGAUGUGGUACCCGCCACUGAGUCCGAUGGCUGGGUGGCGCCGCCUUUUUCUGCCCAGGAGAUAGACGGUUUCAUCUACGGCCGGGGGACGAUAGAUGACAAGAGCUCUCUGAUGGGUAUACUUCAGGCCCUGGAAUACUUGCUGAUGAAAGGCUAUGCGCCGCAGAGAGAAUUUUACAUUGGUCUCGGCCAUGAUGAAGAAGUUAGCGGUCUCCAGGGAGCCAUGAACAUCGUACGAGUGUUGAAGCAGCGCAAUGUGCACCUGUCCUUUGUGCUGGACGAGGGGCUGGCCGUGCUCGAUGGAGUCGUCAGCGGUCUCAACGGACCCGCGGCUUUAAUUGGUGUCAGUGAGAAGGGCCUCGCCGUCGUCAAGCUGAGUGUGUCCACUCUGCCCGGCCAUGCGUCAAUGCCUUCCAGGGAGAGCAGCAUUGGCAUCUUAGCUGCAGCAGUCAAAAGACUGGAGGACAACCCCAUGCCCAUGUUAUUUGGUCAUGGACCGGAACGUCAAACAUUUGAGCAGCUCGCCCACAAGUUUGGGCUGCCAUUGAAGUUCAUCCUAUCAAAUUUGUGGCUGUUUUCGCCACUUGUUGGCAGGUUUCUUGAACAAAAAUCUGAUUCCAAUGCCUUUGUAAGGACUACUACGGCAGUCACAAUCUUUCAUGCAGGCGUAAAGUCGAAUGUCAUUCCUGCCCAUGCUGAGGCCCAUGUGAAUCUACGUAUCCACUCAGCGCAGUCGUUACAAGAGGUCUUGGAGCUCAUCAAGUUUACCGUCGGGGAUGAGCGUGUGAAGAUGGAGCUUAUCGAGGGCUUCGAUCCUUUGCCUGUCAGUUCAUCUGAUGAUAACUCGUACGGCUUCCAGAUCAUCAAGAAAACGGUUUUGGACAUGUUUCCGACAGUAGCAGUCGCUCCAGGCAUUUGCGUUGGGAACACAGACAGUCGACACUUCAAAGAUCUGACCAACGACAUUUACCGCUUUGCCCCUUUGUGGUUUAAACCAGGGGAUGCAAAGAGGUUUCAUGGCAUUAAUGAAAGGAUUUCCAAAAAGAACUACGAGGAGCUUGUUCUGUUCUACUCCAGAUUGAUCCAAAAUUGUGACAUUGACAAACUUCCUGAGCCUCACACUUCUGUCCAUGAACUCUAACCUAAUGGAACUUCAAUGUGAAACCCCGAGGACAAAACGAUGCAGAUGCAUAUGGAUCAAGGUGCCUCAUUUUGAUGAUUUUCACAAAGUGGCAAUGUCUUAAAGUCAAUUCGUUAUGACUGAUGCACUGUAACUUUGUCAGGAAAUGUGAAUGCUGCCUUCUGUGCAAGUGCUGUCAGGUCAUAAAUGCUUCGAAUUCAUGAAUGUUCUGUUUGUGGCUGAAUGGCUGUAAAAUACACAAAUUGACCUUGUUUUUUUGGGAUCAUGUUUUCAAUAUGUCACCACUAGGGGGCUCCCAAAUACAUGUUUUCCAAAAGGCAAAAAAACCCCCCUUUAACAUCGGAGAGUGUGUAAUAACCAGCCAUGACCAGCUUCGGUCCUUGAGAGUUGCUGUCCUGCUUGUUUUCGAUAUGUCCUUGUUGCAACACAUCCAGUUCAAAUAAUCAGCACAUCAUCAAGCUGUGAAGAAUCCUGAAAGGCUGAUCUUUUGAAUCGGGCGUAUUGCAGCGGGGACACAUUGAAAACAGGCAUGACAGGGCCCCUUGAAGUCCCGAGUUUGGACACCACUGGUGGUGGGUGUGACUUUUGUCAAUUGAGGCCGCACUGGGAAGAAUGUCAUAUUUUGUCAUAUUCGACCAAAUAUAUUCCCUAUACCAUAUUCUUAACUAUUUGGUUGAACCUCUUUUGUCUAAAUUCAGUUCAAAAUGUGUUGUUACAUAGCAUGCCUUUACUGUUUAUCAUGCUUUUUAAUUGACAAAAUGAGAAAAUAAAGAAAAUGAAGUGAGGAAAA